GAGAGAGGAAGGGAGAGACUGAGAGGGAGAGAGAGAGAGAGAGAAGGAGCGAGUGCCACGUUGCCUCCAGUCUCCUGUGGGAAAGAACAAGGCGUCGGUCAGUCAGUGAGUGGGUGAGUGAGUGAGUGAGUGACGGGAUCCCCAGUGAGGCUCCGGUUGGACAAGUCACCCACAGCCCUAUAUCUAUAUCUACAUAUCUACAUAUAUAUAUAUAUAUAUAUUAUAGCUUCGCGCACAAAAUGCUGACCGACACCAUCGUGGAAGACUUCGAGCUCCGCGAGGAGGACGCGUGGUACCCACAGCAGGACCUGGAGCGCGACCUGCACCUGGCAGCCGAGUUGGGGAAGACUUUGCUCAAUCGCAACACUGAGCUGGAGGAAGCCCUUCAACAGAUGUACGCAACCAAUCAGGAGCAAAUCCAAGAAAUUGACUACCUGACCAAACAAGUGGAGCUCCUUCGGGAAAUGAAUGAGCAGCAUGCCAAGGUCUAUGAACAGCUGGACAGCACUGCCCGGGACCUGGAGGUCAGCAAUCAGAAGCUGGUUGUAGAGAGCAAGGUGUCACACCAGAAGAUACUUGGUCUGACGGAAACCAUUGAAAGUCUGCAGUCUCAUGUGGAGGAUAUUCAGAAGCAGAUGGAAGGGCUGAAAAAACCAGAGUUGGAUCCACUCGAGAGAGAUGCACAGCAGCGAGCCCUGAACAGCCUCCCCUGCCUGAAGGAAUUGUACGACCUUCGAAAGUAUUUUGUUUAUGAUCAUGUCUUUGCUGAAAAGAUCACAUCUACUGAGGUGUCCGUUAGUCCAAUGGAGGAGGAAAAUGAGCAGCUAAAGAAGACUCUGAACACUUUGCAAACUCAGCUGACCGUGGAGAGGCAACGGAGAGCAACAAUCGAACAAGAGUAUUCCUUGGUUCUGAGAGAGAACUCUGAGCUGGAAAAGGACGUCUCCCACUUGGACAACUACAAACAAUGCAUUCAAGAACUGGAGACCGAGGUAGUCGAACUCCGCCAGAAAAGCCAGUUAGAUAAUGUCUUUGUCAGCCUGGUGGAUAACUUGCUUCCUGAAUCCUUUUUGUUUGCUGGGAAGGAAUCGUCUGAUAUCAUACACGUUCCUGCAACCAAGGCUCACCUGAACGGGCCGAGUUCUAAGCUGGAGGCUGAUGGCACAGUGCUGAAGCGAAGCUCUAGCGAGACAAUGCUGAAAAUAGUUUCCGAUGAAGACCUGAUCCAAGGCCAUGAACAGACCUGUAUUCGGCGGGCGGAAGCCGUAAGGAAGCGAGGCAUUUCCCUGUUAAAUGAAGUGGACGAACAGUACAAUGCCCUACAACUCAAGUACGAGGAGCUACUGAAGAAGUGCCAGAUCCCCGAGGGGUCUUUGACCAACAAGGCUGUUCAGACCAAGCACCCGUCUCCACAUCAGUCUGAAAACGCCGCCCAAUACGAGCGAACGCCCAGCAGUGGAGAGCCUGGGGCUGGCAUCGCUGAGCUGGCUGCCACCACCACACAGGGGGCAGUGGUCAAAACCACUGGCCCACUGGGCAUCGCCCAGCCUGAAUACAAAGUUCUAUUCAAAGAAAUUUUCAGUUGCAUUAAGAAAACAAAAGACGAGAUCGAUCAACACCGGAUGAAAUAUAAAUCUACUGCACAAUCUCAGAAGAUGUAACCUGUUGGUUGCAAAACAGGAACCGAAAAGCACCAGUAUUGUCGAAUUUUCGGGCUGGUGUGAACUAAAACCACAGAAAACCUCAUAACUUAUUUGAAGAAAAACUUGCAUUGCAAAAACUCAAAACCCAUUACUGCAAAGAGAAAGAUAAUGGACUGGGGUUUCCAGAAUCUCAAGUUAAUGUGACUACUAUGUAUAAAGCUGUUUAUAAUAGUCUAGCAUAGAUGCCCGAAUGUCUUUCUAUCUAAUCAGAGGGAAGUCAGAUUGGAUGAAUGUGUUUGUUUUGGAUACUUCUGCCUUAAUGGUAGUUUGUACAGUGACUUGUAAAAUCUGUCCAUGUGACAAAGUGGCAGUUGCUCAGAACUGCUAAUGCUUUUGUACUACCUAAAAUCAUUUAUAAAUGGUAAAUGCGAAUUUCAUGGAGAAACUGCAUACAUUCCAACAGUUUAUUUACUCAGUGCAACUUGGGUAGUUUAUUCUAUCAUGUUUCCAUUUGCACAAUGUUAAAGCAGCAGGAAAAAUAUAGUGAAAGCUCCCAAUCAAUAUCUUGCACAUUCCAGGGAAAGAUGUUCCUAAAUGCUCCACAGGCUGGUUGCAUGCUUCACAGCUACCAAGUUGCAGGGGCUGAGAUUCAUCUUGACGCAGGGUGUGUUUUGCAAUAAUGGGCUGUCAGUUAAGUUAUGGAUGUUAAUGUUAGGCAAACUGUGCUACUGUUAAAUUCAGUGAACCAGGACUUUGGGGACAGAUUGCAGUAGUUGAUUCAUGUUGAGUUUUUGUUUGUGCAAUGUAUUCAUUGCUUUCUAAAUUGUUCUAAAUUCUGUGCAAUUUGAGGCACAGCAAAUGGCUGGUUAUAAAAGUGCAAUUCUGACUUGUGGGUGGAUAUACCACAUGCUCCAGACAAAGGAGAUCCCAGGUUUAAUCCCUGUGUUUUUUUUAUGAACAAGCCAAUCUUUGAUGGGAGCAACUAGCGGGGAAAGGGUAGUUUACAAGAAUGUCCCUGGUUUAGGGCUGAUGGGGUGGGCUCCUGUUAUGAUUGCUGAUGGUGUCAUUAGUGCUUAGUGGCAUAAGCAGUGAGUACUAGAGGUCAUCAGUGCUUUUGAGACGAGUGUCGGUGUGAAUCACUGCCCUCAGAAUCCUGGGUGGGGGGAACAGACCUCCGUUUUUUUUAAAAAAAAGAAAAUUCACAGCAACUUAAUGCAGUGGAUGUAGAUAAUUAGUUAAAAACAAAAUGACCAGAGUAAGGAUAAGAGACCAGAUAAACUGUUCAAUCACAUUGAACACCUCUGACCUUAUAGCAGCAGACACUCAACUGUUUGCAACUGGAUUUUUUGUAACAUUUUGCACUUUUGAAUAAUUUCUUGAAACGGUUGCAAAUAGUUUUCUGCACUUCCUAAAUUGUCUUUGUGUGCGUGUGUCACUUGCUUUAUUGAAAAGGCUUCUGUGAAGGUAGGGUAGAUCAAGUGCCAAGUGGAAACUCAUUUGACUCACACAUGGUGCUAAAUGUUAGAGGUAAAGAUUCAGCCCGUAUUAGUUUGAACACAGUCACUUGACUGUUGAAUUGAUGUUCAAAAUGUCUAAGUUUAAUUUUGAUCUACACUUCCAAUUCUGUACUUUAAGCCUUUUUUAUAUAAAGACUGUAAAAUACUUGGAACCAGUCUGUCUUGUGACUAUUGCAGUAUUUUGAACCUGAUCCUUGAAUGUCAGUAUUUAAAGCUUUAAUAAACUUUGUUCAGAUUUG